ACACCGUUCGUUGCUCGAGGUAACUUAGCUUCACAGGCAGCUCUGCCUUGCGAAUUCCGCGUCUGGAGUGACCGACGGCGCUAACGCGGCAACUCUAGCGAGACCACCACAACCACACUUCGAUCUCGGACGCAUUCCUCCAUCCGACCGUACCACCAUGUAAGGAACUUUGAAUAUCUGGCCUCAACCGUCGGUAUUUCCUUACAUUAUUUUCUAUUUCAUAAAGUCAUCGCCUUGGUUUUGACUAAUGGACCUGCGAGUAUCAUCGCAGAGGCCACUAUUGCCCGAAUCCUUCUCUUAAAUGUCUGUUGAAUCCUGAGCUGGCAAAAUCCAGCUGUUUUUCGACUUUUACAAGCUCAACACUAUCGGUUGCCAACAUGCCUGCACCACCAUAUGGGUCAGAGUCAACCUGGUCGUGGCCAGAGGAGGUAGUUGCCUAUGAUCUUUGCGAUCAAGCUUCGCCGGAAAGUUCUUUCAUUCAGAGAGACUUCCCUCGCGCAAAACAACCAUCCGAGACGAAACCCGCACCUCAAUCCCAUGAGGGCGAGGCCAGCUCCAAUGAUCCUCCGAAGAAACAAAAAUACUACGGUUCAAGGACUUGCAGGAUUUGUCUGGAGGAAGUGCAGCCGUCAUUCGAGACUGGUCCGGAAGGCCUCGCUGGCGUGGUCGCUCCAACUCCGACCGUGAAGUACGUGUCGGAAGAUCCGGAAUCCGGACGACUAAUUCGACCAUGCAAGUGCAAAGGAUCACAGUCAUAUGUCCAUGAAGGAUGUCUACAGGGCUGGCGACACGCCGAUCUAUCAUACGGACGACGCAAUUACUUCGAAUGCCCCACAUGUAAAUACACAUACCGUCUGGAGAGGAUGCGGUGGAGCAAGUGGAUUGGCAGUACCAUGACCCAAAUUGUUCUCACUCUACUGAUUCUUUGGGCCACCGUGUUCUUGCUUGGCUUCGUUGCGGAACCAAUUGUCAAGCUAUACUUGGAUCCGGUGGCAACGUUGACUACCAACCCGUGGACAACAUUCCGCGAACCCCUCUUAGAAUUUGAGGAGGGUGAGGAAUGGACGUGGUCUGAGCAUCUCCUAAAGGGAUUCGCGUCUUUAGGGCUAUUAGGUCUCUUGAAAUCCUUUAUCAUGUCCCCAUUUCAGUGGCUGAAUCUUAGGUGGGUGGUUGGAGGUGGUGGUAGAGCCAGAAGGGGAGGAACCGGGCGAGAGAGACUUCAGGAUAUCAGCGUAUCGAUGAUUAUCAUUGGAGUCGCCACAAUCCUAUACGCAAUUUGGAAAGGAGUCAGGGCCUGGAGCCGCAAUACCCUUGAAAAAGCUGGUGAACGUGUGGUCGACGUACAUGGAGAAGACGACGAUGACGAAGAGCCAGAUGCAGGCCCUGGUCAUGCUGCCGAGUCUGGAAAUGACAACACAAGACGGGAGCACUGGUGCAGCUACUGAAGCCGACUUAGAUGACAAGAAGACUCUAUAGCAGAAGCUCUCAAUGCUAUAUAUUAUAAAUGCCGCCAGUUAUCUAGGCGUCGGACAUAUUUGCAACCAGUGACCAUCACUGCACACAACUUAAGUUGGCACGAAGUCUCCUCUUCCAUGGCGUGCCAACUAGUCUGUGUGCAAAUAUAUAACGCUUUCUGGAGCCCUGAAGCCGGAGCGUCUUGUUCCACUUUCGCCGGGCGGCCGUCCGCAAGUCAACUCUAUGCUGCAUGUCCAGUUUGAUCUCGAAAGGGAACGCUGACAUUGCCUUCCUAGCCUUUGGAACUGUCCAGGCACGUACUGAAAUGGAAGUUGAAUGCAGACCCGUUGAUAUAUACCAUGUAAAUAAUGUACACUCUUUAGUCUCCGCAAAAUAUCAAGUUUUUAUGGAUAUAUUAGAAUAACAUGCAUCUACUAACGAGCCGGGCAACCAGCGUAUUUACCUUCUGCAUGUUUUUUCAAUGUUGGACGAGGCUGAGUUGGAUUCCCUGUUGGCUAUUACCCCACACAAGUGGUCUGUCCCACCUCUUGGCGCCAUCUCACCCGCCAGCCUUCCCACUUCCAACACAACCUCCAAGCU